CUGUCUCUCUUUACAAAUCCAUAACAAUCUUGUGUUCUUAUGCUAAGAAAAAUACAGUGCAAAUUCUGCAUCAGUAUAGCACAGUGCUACGCUACAGGAGCAGAUAUUGUAAGAAUCAUAAGAUGUUUCUAACAUCUCUCUUGGAGCUUGUGUGUUUUAGCCUUUGUGUCACUGCCGUAAGAGAAUUCUUACAAUCAGAUUCAUACACAAAUAAACAAGAAGACAGUACUGAUGAACAUGACUGGUGCUAUCAAGGCUGUGAAUACACUUCAUCUCGCUGGCAAGAACUCCCCCAGUCUCAGUGUGGGGGAGACAGGCAGUCACCCAUUAACAUUGAUACAUCUGAAGUGAUUGCUGAUUCCAGCCUUGGUGUCUUUAACUUCACCAAUUUCUCCAAUCCGGACAGCAUGAAGUAUCUCAUCAAUACUGGACACUCAGUGAAAUGUGUGCUGGAGGAGAAUACGGUGGAGAUAGAAGGAGGUGGUCUGAGCGACAAGUACUCUGCCGUACAGUUCCAUUUCCAUUCGGGGGAUCACCUGUGGCACCCAGGAUCUGAACACUUAAUCGACGAGGACAGGUACCCAAUGGAGAUGCACAUUGUUAGCCUGAAGAAAGGACUCUCAGUGGACCAAGCACUGACUGUUUCAGAGGGAAUUUCUGUCCUGGGAUUCCUUAUCAAUGUAACAGACGAAGAUGAAACACCUGAAAAAUGGAAAAAUUUGACGCCAUACCUUAUUAAUAUAACUGAAAACAACUCUACAGUUGAUAUCAAAGAUUCAAUAUCCAUUGAUGACUUGCUGGGAGAUGUGAACCUCACCAAGUUCUAUCGUUACGAAGGUUCACUGACCACCCCUCCUUGCAGUGAAGUUGUGGUAUGGACAGUUUUUCAAGACCCAAUCAAAAUCAGCAGAAAUAUGGUGGAGCUAUUCAUCAGAACUUUGAAGUCUGUUAAAGCCUAUCGACCCAAUCAAGAUCUCAAUGGUCGUAAAGUCUAUGCGUCUCCAGGAAUACUACAGUCACCAGGGCAUUCUUGGUGUUACAGUGACCACUGUGAAUACAGCCCCGCUGACUGGCAUAUGCUCCCAGGUGCUGAAUGUGAGGGAGACAGACAAUCACCUAUCAACAUUGACACGCAACAUGUGACCUAUGACGAAAGUCUCAACAACUUCACCUUCACCAAUUUUUCAGAUUUGCACACUAUGAAGUAUCUCACCAACACUGGCCACACAGUGAAAUGUGUACUGGAGGAGAAUAUGGUGGAGAUAGAAGGGGGUGGUCUGAGCCACACGUACUCCACCAUACAGUUCCAUUUCCACUGGGGUACAAUCGAUGACCAUUCCAACGGCUCUGAACACACUGUAGACUCAAAGAGAUACCCAAUGGAGAUGCACAUUGUGAGCUCCAGAAAAGAAUUCUCUGUGGAUGAUGCAGUGAAAGACUCAGAAGGUCUUGCUGUACUGGCAUUUUUUAUUGAGGCAACCCAUGAGAAAAUUAAUCAGAAGAGCUGGGAAACUCUGACAUCAUACCUCUCCCACAUCAUAAAGAAAGAUAGCUCUGUGGAAAUGUCAAGCCACAUCUCAAUUGAUGACUUGCUGGGAGAUGUGGAUCGGUCUAAAUACUACCGCUACAACGGAUCCCUGACCACCCCUGACUGUAAUGAGGCAGUGGUGUGGACUGUGUUUAAACAGCCAAUCAAGGUUAACACAGAACUGAUGAAACUGUUCCCUUCUAUCAUGGGAUACUCUGACAUCUACCGCCCAGAGCAGAAGCUUCACAAUCGCACGGUUCGCACCAGCUCUGCCCCGACUGGUCCUAGGCCCCAUCCACUGCCACUGCUCCUGCCUUUGCUGUAUGUGGGCUGUACAUGGAUGGGGGACAAGGUGGCAUCCUUAUGAGGAGGCACCAACUGUGGGGGAAGGGGGGCAAAUGAAGGUAAAAUGUAGAAAUUGAAUGCUGUGUUCAUGAUAGUCGGCCAGAUCUCUCCCUCACAGUCUGCAGUCACUGCCUACCCAUGAAAUAACACGUCACAUGAUUCAUCACAACUUUGCUUGGAAAUAAAUUCAUGUCACUUCAGAAUAACAACAUUACUCAUAAUUACUCAUAUUGCUUUAGUCAUGCUUUACUAAUGUACAGCUUCAUAUCUGCAGAAAGAGGAGGAAUGUUAGAUGUUCACUGGAAAUGUAAUUUAUGUCAUGUAAGAUUAUGUUUUCAGCCCUCCUUUAACUACUCUGUGUUAAAUAUAUAACCUGAAACAAGUAAUUCAUAGUCAAAUACAUCAGAAUAUAUCUCAUACAUAAUAAAAAAUAUAUCAUGUAAUAUACUGUAUGUCCUUGUGCGCGUAUUUCUGGCAUAUUCUUUUUUUGAAGGCACUGUAAAUAUCAACAAUAUUUUAUCAUUUGUAUAAAGUAUAUUUCUUUUAAAAGGAGCAAGGCAUUCUGGAAAAACAGGUAAAUGGUAAUAGUAAGAAGAAUAUUGUCUGAUAAUAAUAUGACACUAAGCUUGAUGCAGAAUGUGCAGAUAUCACA